UCUGGCUGUCAGUAAAAUGUCAUGUCAUAAUAUGAAGAAACUUUUGUUACUAUGAGAUCUUGUAUUUUAUUCAUAAUAUUAGGUUUUAUACAAUCAGUUAUUUGUUGUUCAGAAGUUACUAAUCAUACUCAAAAUGAGUCUGACCUCGUAUGCCCCGUCUCUUGGUUUCGUCGAAAAAGAGCAAUUGAUUACACACGUUGGCGCGCAAAUGAAGAAACAACACCACAGUUUCUCGUCAAAGUUUUGGAUGAAGACGUGUCACCACCAAAUAAUAAGAAAGUUGUAGCAAUUAAUAUUCAUCCGAUAACAAAAGGGGUAGAGAAAAUAAUAAUAGGUGGGGCAUUACCUCCACCAACAAGUCCUGCGCCCGAUUUGGAAGUCAUUCGGGAGUACACCAGAUUCGUGCCUCCAACCACGGUGCCCUCCGCUCGUACGGAAGGCAUCGUUGUUGCACCGGGUCUUGUACCAAUAAAAAGGCCGCCACUUACGCAUAAAGAUCGGCAUUCACAACGCGAUGAGAGUCCCCCCGCGAACCCUCAGUUUCUGAUCCGCACUCCCCCCUCACCGCUUAUUCACCAGUAUGCACCAGUUGCCGCUGUCUCCUUUACCAAACGUACGACAACAAUCACUCCGUUCACACCAACAUUUGACGACAUUGAAGACAAUGUGCGAAUAUCUGGUCAUUUCAUCCCUACACGCACGUCUUCAUUACCAGAUGUAUCUUUACCUACACGAACUGAGCAUAGUUCUGAUGACUAUAGUCCUUAUCAAAUAGAUGAAGACUCUAGGAACUUAAUUUUUAUGACGCGAACUACAUUUCCUGCCACUUAUACUCCAAUUCGAACAACAAUGGAAAAAAUAGAUACAUCCGAUAAUGAUAUUCCAAAUCCAAAUAUCCACGAAGAAGGUGUAAGAAGAUACGAGACUAAACAAAAAUCAGAUAAGGAAUUGGACGCCUCUUAUAACAUGAUGUUUUAUGAUGAGGAAACUAGUAAAGGUGAUGUAAAAACAGAAGUAUACGAUGAAAGAGAUAAACAUGAUGAAAGUUCGACAUCGGUUAAUUAUGAUGAACACAAAGAGAAGGGUGAAAAUGAUCUAAAAGAAGCGGCUGCAAUAAGUGGUACAAAAGAAGACAUUGAAAUGAAAAAUGUCCCAUCCAAGCACCUCACAAUUGAGUCCUUUCGUCCUGGCGACUACGAAAAAGAAAGAGAGAACACGUCAGUUGUUGAACUGAUAAAAGAACCAGCCUCUAUUAUGGAGUUAAAAGAUAGAUUUAAAAUAAAAGUGCAAUCAUGUAAUUUGAUCAAGAUUAGAGCAUUAGCUUUUUCCACACCUCAUACCUUACAUGAGAUUACAGCGCAAAUGAAGCGUUGGGCAGAGAAUAGUCCAGUAGCUAAAUUGGUUGAUAUUACAUCUGGAAACUACACUACAUUAAAUAAUCCUAUUUAUAUGAUGAUCGUCGAUGACCCUACAAGCGGGCAAGUUAUUUCCGCUAAACAUACGGUUAUGAUUGUGGCAGGCAUUCAGGGACGCGAUCACCACGCGGUAGCGGCGGCGGUGUACUUGCUGUUCCAACUAAUAGAACGCACGUCAUCGCACGGAGGACUGCUAUCGAAGUACCGCUUCUGGAUUAUUCCCGUGUUUAACCCGGACGGCUACGACUAUUCCAGUACGUUUCCGCAGCGACGAGAAUGGAUGAAGAACCUACGGCAAAACUGGAAUUUGUGUAAGGAUAGAGCGUCAUGCCAAUCCUGCGCCAGGUUUGGCUUGGAGUGUACAGUCCAGUCCUGCUACGGCGUAAACUUGGAUCGGAACUUCGAGUACCAGUGGAUACCGACGGACGAGCUGAAGUCGGAGCACCCUUGCGGCCCGCUAUACGCGGGCACGCGACAGCUGAGCGAACCAGAGACAAUUGCGCUCACGCAGUUCCUGCACGGGCAGAAGGUGCCGCUCUUCACGUUCAUCGCCUUGAAGGAGGGUGACGUACUGGGUGUCAUGUAUCCGUACUCGCAUACUAAGAAGAAGCGGACGUUGGACCAUAUAUACAGACAAAGGGCCGAUGCAGCCGCCGCCGCAGCCCACACCAUUGCAGGACGGUAUUACGUGUCUGGUCAGACUUCUGAGUAUCUACCUUUGUACGCGGGUGGUAUCGAAGACUGGAUCGACGGCCACUUGGGCGUCGACAACACGUACACGAUAAUGAUAUUUCGGCCGUCGGAAUCCUAUGACACCAGGUUUAUUACAGAACGAGUCGUACAAGAAGCUUUCCUCGCUGUGGAUACGUUACUGCUGCGAAGCAUCGAGCCCUCCACGGCCCACGACCCAGUACAAAUGCUUAGUAAGAACACACGUAGUGCUGCAACGCGGUGUAUCAAUGCAGUAGCUCUCAUUGCGCUGCCCAGUGUGGCCUUGAGAUACCUCGGUUAAUAAAUACUUUAUGAAAACUUAUGACUGAUUAAGAAUCGAAUCUCGUACAGGAACUUUUUCCUACUUGAGUAUAUCUACCAUUUAGUAUAAUAUGCCACGCAGUUUUAUAUAUAUUAAUAUUUUAUCCGGGUCUAAAACGUAACUACGCCGGUGUUGUAUGAAAAUUCGUGUAAGCCGCGUUGCACGCAUUAUGAAGGCUGAUUUAUCUACAUAAGUAAAGCUAUGUAGAUAAAUUGUACCUAUUCGUAAAACAACAUAAUUCAAAAUAAAUAUUUGGAAUUAUGUUGUUGUUACGUACUUAUAACAAUGUACCUUAUGUCGCAUCUGCAGUGUGCUUAAUGGUUAAAUAAAGGAGUUAAUCUCAUU